AUGACUGACAAAUCUACUCAACAUUUUCUCAUUUUCUAUACAAUUCUCAUUCUACAAUUCAUUAACAUUGAUUUCUCACAAGGAUUAAAUCUCACUUGUUCAAAGUGGAAUGCAAGUAACAAAACAAUUAUCUUCGGAAAUUCAUCGAACACACCGGGCAAUGAUGAUUAUUCACUCGAUGUAACAUUAAAUUCUACUGGUCUUGACAUAAACAAGAACAAUGGUGAUAUCGCAAUUUUAGAUGGCAACAACGGUCGCGUUAUAGUCUUUAAUGGAUCAAAUUCAUCGAACAUAUUUGUUAUUCUCUUGAACGCAAGUAAUUCUACUAAUUUUUCAACGAUAGGAUAUCCACCAUCAUCUAUUGCAUACGGUUUCAAUAAUUCACUAUUUGUUUCCGAUGGAACGUCAGCAGAAAUAUUUCGAUUGGAUUAUCCAUUGGAUUAUGGAAUUAAUGGGACAAAAAUUCUUGAUCGGAAUAGUGGAAAUAUUACUUCAUUGAGUUCUACUUCUGGGGGCUUAUGUGUUAAUAAUAUUAAUAAAUCUAUUUAUAUAAUCAAAGGAAAACAAAUUUAUCAAUAUACGUUUGAUAGUGGAAAUUUAACGAAUUUAUCCUAUGUUUUCAAUAAUCCUCAAUCGAUAGUUAUGAACGAUAACCAAUCAUUAUUUGUCUAUGAUGCGGGUAGUAAGUCAAUUAAAAUGUUCACACUUAAUUCAUCCAAUGGUAUAACUUUACCAUUCAAUAAAGCUCCAGUUGUAGCACUCAGCGUAUACUCCGUGAAUAUUCUUGUUAUCACUGCGUCCGAUGGUAUUUAUCUAUUCGAUAUAAUGAAUAAUAACACGAUUUGUGCUCUAAAAAACUUGAAUUCAUCAUCCACAGUAUUUUACAAUGCGAUUAUUGAUCAUAAUGACAGUCUUAUUGUCAGUGAGUCCAAUACGAUAGUGUCAUAUCCAAUUUAUCAAGAGUGUCCAGAAAUAACUACUCAAAUCACAACUGAAACUCCAACUCCAACUUCCACCAUAACUAAAAUGACAACACCUUCAAAUUCAACGGGUUUCAAUCCGACUGACAACUGUCCGUCAGGUUAUUUCGGUUUCAAUUGUUCAUUUAGUAAAAACAUUUGCAUUCAAACUGAUCCAUGUUUGAACGACGCUCACUGUAAUGUUAACAAUCAAACUAACAGUCUUGGCUACUCUUGUAACUGUAGUAUGGGUUAUAAUGGAACUCAAUGUCAGAAUGAUUAUCGAUUGUGUAAAAACUAUACGUGUUUUGCUCGAGGAAAUUGCUCGAUUAUAAACGAUGUGACUUUCGCUUGUAAUUGUUCAAGUGGAUAUACAGGUGAACAUUGUGAAUUGAGUGUCGAUUAUUGUGCAAAUGUAGUUUGUCAAAACCAAGGUGUGUGCGUUUCAGAAAAUUUAAAAUAUCUUUGUCAAUGUUUAUCGGGAUUUUAUGGAGAAUUUUGUGAAAAACAAGAAACCAGUGCGGUUGUACGAGCCUAUGCAACGAAAAGUCUUGGUUUCGUGGCAGUUUUGAUGAUAUGUAGUAUUAUUGGAUUUAUUUUAAGCAUGGAUUUAUUAAAAUAUGUACUUAAGAUCGAUCCGGUUAAAACUCAUAGAUACAAUAUACGAAAGGCAAGAAUACAUACGUUGAAGAAAACAAAGGAAAAGGUCAAACCGAAAUGUAUUCAACGUGUUAGUUAUGUUCCUUGA